ACCACCUUGAAAGGAAAAAACCCACGGAAGGCAGCUGGGUGGUUCCAACUGAGAGGAUAUUUUCUUUAUAAACUGAUGGGAAAAGCCCACUCUGCGGGGAACAUCCAGCCCAAAGGAGACCAAGAGGCCGAAGGAAAGACUGCUGACCGGGGACGACCGAGGUUUUGUCAAGACGACCGUUCAACUCCGGCUAAUUGUUCCCAAUCUCUUCAGCUCGGUGUGGGAGUGACCUUCGCUGUCUUCCGGCACCAUGGCGAGCAGUUAAAGACCCGCCAGGGCUCGAGAUGCAAUCCAUCAAACACGAGAUGGACUCCAGCGAGUCGUACAGCGGCGACGACACUCUGGUCCUGGCCGUGGGCCUGCAGGCGUCCAACAGAGACCUGAUGGGCCACGGCAUUCCUGCACUUCCUUUCAAGGGCAAAACCAUGUGUCGCAGGAAGAGAGAGUUCAUCCCAGAUGAAAAGAAGGACAACCUUUACUGGGAGCGGCGGCGGAAGAACAACGAGGCCGCCAAGCGCUCCAGGGAGAAGCGGCGGAUCAAUGACAUGGUGCUGGAGAACAAGCUGAUGGUGCUCGGUGAGGAAAAUGCCUCUCUGAGGGCAGAGCUGCUGUCGCUGAAGCUCAGGUUUGGGCUGGUGAGCUCUGCGGUUUACGCCCAGGAGAUGCAGAAGCUGUCUGCCCGGCCCGCUCUCAGCUACCUGCAGGAGUUCCCCCCACCCAGCACCAGCGAGGGCUCGGCCAGCAGGGAUCUGGAGUCUCUCCCGAGGCGCAGCAGCUGCAUAUCGGUCAUCAAACAGUCGCCUCUCAUUCCGGAGGCGUGCUGUGCAUCUCAGGGGAGCUUUGCCGUCUGCAGUGCUGCAGAUGUCAAACAAGAACCAGCAGAACCCUGCAGCUACGUGCAGGGGAGUCCUUACGACCUCUACAAACACUGCGUGUCUGGCCGUUUGUCUGAAGCUUACGCUCCACCUGCAUCCUUCAGCCAGAUCCUCCGCUCGUCCAGCAUCUCCCCCAGCUCAGAGGACGGUGCUGUGAGUAAAUCCUCGGAUGGCGAGGACGAGCAGCAGGUCCCCCGAGGGCUGAUGCCGUCUGCUGCAGACGCCAGAAGCAUCAUCGUCUCCACACACAAAGUGCCGGACGCCAGCUCUGCAGCGCUGCCCCACAAACUGCGGAUCAAAUCCCGGAGAAUCCCCAUCAAAGCGGAGGCCGUCGACCCCGAAUACGACUCACUGGGGAAGCCCUCAUCUCCCGUCUCCCAAGCUCUGGACUUAUCUGUGUUCCCGCAGCCCCCCCACUGCCCUCUGUCUCUGCAGGUCAGCAGCUUGCAGGACUGGAGCCCCCGCCCUGAGAGAAAGUUGUUUCUGCAGGGGGGCUGCAGGCGCAGCGCACACAUCCAAAGUCCUGCCGCUGUCAAACCUGCUCUGGAUGUGAAAGAAACUUCCUGUGCACACAGACGGGGGGGGGACUUGUGUGUUCAGCAGGGUUUAACGAGACUGAGCGCAGCAGAGCAAAGAUCUGGGAUGGAGACCCCCGAAAGCUGCAGUGAUCAGCACGAGUCUGCACCAGAGGCUUGCUCCUCCGACUGAGCCUUCUCACUGGACUCCCCGCUGCACUGGUUGUCUGGAUGAAACGCGCUGUGACGUUUGGAAACUUAGUACAAUGCACUCCACCACUUCGUUGUUUCUUCCACCUUUCAUUAGCAGCUCUGUGUGCCGUGCUCUCCCAUCUCUGUUGAUUUACUUUUAAUAUAAAAUGAUCAUCCGUCACCAUUUCUAACAAGACUGUAGAUGUAAUAAAAGAGAUGUAUUAUACACUUUUUCACGAGUUUCCACAGAUUCUUGGGGUCUGUGACAUGUUUGAUGAGAAUAUUGGAGACGUAGUGGGUAUAGAUCUGGUUGUAGGAGUCAGACACUUAACUCCCCCCCCCCCACCCUGCAGAGCGUUGUAGGAGUCAGACACCUAACCCCCCCCCCCCCCCCCCCCACCCUGCAGAGCGUUAUGGUGCCUCUUCAGCACACUGAAUGUGAGGUGAAAGUGUGGGCUUAGACAAAGGUGGGCAGGCUGAAGUGAUGUCACAAAGCCCUGCAGCUCUAAACGGAUCCUCUCAUGGCCUUGUUUGGGCCUGUUCCAGUCUGACUCCUCUCUCCGUCAGCGAGCUGCUCAGGGGUUCAGGCUUGUGACAUCACAGACCCUGAUAUGGGUAGACUUUCCAGAUUCCCUGUUUUCUGCCAUAACAUUUUAAUGGUUUGACAUAAAGAGUCGUGGGUGGUGUCAUCAGACUCAGUUUUGACUCCUUCACCUUAAUUAGUGCAAAUUACCCCCGCCCCUUCUUCUGAUUGGCUGAUAUUUGAUAGUUCCUACUUUCUGCCAUAACUUUUGAAUGGUAUGACAUACAGACUCGUGGGUGGUGUCACCGGACUUAGUUUUGAGUCCUUGACCUUUAUUGGUGAAAAUUGCACGCGCGAGGGCCCGUUCAUCGCUGCUUGCAGCUUUAAUUUUUUCGUGUCCCCCCCCCCCCCC